CUUGUAGUAAAAUGAAAGAGUAGGCGUUUUCUAACUUACCCUUAAUCUGCUCCAUGCUCUUCCCAACAAGAUAAAUACCUACAUAACACCUGCAACACAACAAUCACAUUUUUUACCAUAGUGGGAUACCGCGACUUAAAAGAGUAUGGAUUCAGAACAGGAUCCUGAACAGGGUCCAAAUACGACAGCUCGACCUCAGGUGGACCGAGUGGCACCUCCCGCCUAUGACAAUUUCCAUGCAGGCCUGGGAAAUACCGGUCUUCCGAUACCACCACCAGCAACAAAUGGGAAGUUCUACUUCGAGAGCCAGGCAGAAGAAACAAUAGAGCUAGGUUUAUGUCCCGAACCCCCAUAUCAUCCUAAUGGAGAUACUGGACCUGGACCACAAACCUGGUUCGCCCGGCUCAAGUUUAAGUGUGACAACGUCCCGCAGCUUAUGCGCGAAGGUCUACACUGGUCAUUAGAUAAUGUUCAAUGGGAGGAUGGGUAUAUGGAUUUAAAGGACAGACUACCCGAACCCCAAUCAAUCCUGGACAAGAUUAUAAACAGGUAUUGCCUUGGAUAUGACCUUACUCAUACCCGUCAUUACUUUCUUCGAGACCUUCAAGUCCCAUCGCGAUGGAUCGCUCACCUCCAGGUCCACGCUGGAGAUAUCAAGGAUUUGUCAGACAUACGGCUAGAAAAUAUCUCUAUAGACAAUAUAUGUUACACAUACGCGUUCAGUGUCGGCGAGAAUAAGAAUAUAUAUGGAUACGAAACCUGGGAUCUGGAGAGUUCGUUUAAUGCCGUCUACGAUGAUACGCCUUUGGAAGGUUGGUGGCCGUGGCCAAAGAAAGAUAGGAGACGGAGACUAGCGUGAGAGAUAUUAUCCAGGGC